UCGCUCUGCUUCUCUCUAAAUAGUAAAUACACGUUUUGAGAAAAACUGCUAUGUUUACAAAGACAGAGCCCAGAAACAAUCUUAACUCAAGAAUCUGAAAGCCAUGAACAGAAACAAAUCAAAGCUUCUCAAGAUUUUACUGGCUCUCUUCGCUCUCAAUUCUCUCUCUUUAUACCUCUACUUCUCUCACUCCCAUUCUCACAACCGUAACUCUCACGACAACGUCCCCUUCAAUGAGCGGUCAAACCUGCGUCUGCCCCACCAGUUCUCCAAAGCCUGGCCGAUUCUCCCCUCCUACUUACCCUGGUCUCAGAACCCCAAAGUUCGUUACCGCUCUUGCGAGGCCUAUUUCGGAAAUGGGUUCACAACCCGUGUUGACCUUCUCCCCACUCCCACUGCCGGCAACGGAGGAGGCGGAGGAGGAGGAGGGUGGUUUCGUUGCUUUUAUAGUGAAACUCUGAGGAGUUCUAUUUGUGAAGGGGGGAAAUUGAAGAUGAAUCAUGAGAAGAUUGCGAUGUCAAAGGGAGGUGAAAGGAUAGAGGAUGUGAUGGGGCGAAGAGAUGAAGAGGAGUUGCCGGAGUAUCAAAACGGUGCGUUUCAGAUUGAGGGAGAUGGGGUUGUGGUGGGUUUUAGAGGGAAGAGAGUUGGGAAAAGGCUUGUAAAUGAUGAUUUUCUUAAUAGUUAUGUACCACGUGGCGGGAUUGAUAUGCAUACAAUGAGAGGGUUGAUUGGGUCGAUUGAGGUUGUGGAUGCUAAGGUUUUUGAUGAGUGUGAGCAGUGGGUGGAGGAGCCGACACUUCUGGUUACUCGGUUUGAGUAUGCAAAUGUUUUUCACACAUUUACGGAUUGGUACAGUGCAUAUGUGUCUUCCAGAGUUACCGGCUUGCCAAAUCGACCUCAUGUGGUUUUUGUUGAUGGCCACAGUCAGACACAGUUGGAAGAAACAUGGGAAGCAUUGUUUUCAAGCAUUAGAUAUGCUAAAAACUUUAGUGGACCAGUUUGUUUUCGCCAUGCUAUUCUUUCACCUCUGGGAUAUGAGACUCCACUAUUCAAGGGGCUGAGUGAAGAUAUAAGUUGUCAUGGAGCAUCUGCACAUGAGCUGUGGCAAAACCCUGAUGAUAGCAAAACUGCUCGUAUGUCUGAGUUCGGAGAAAUGAUUAGAGCGGCUUUUGGGUUUCAAGUAAAUAGGCACCGCAUUGAAAAGCCAGGUUCAGUGCAUAAUGUCCUUUUUGUAAGGCGUGAAGAUUAUUUAGCCCAUCCACGCCACGGUGGUAAAGUUGAAUCAAGGCUAAGCAAUGAACAAGAAGUGUUUGAUUCAUUACAGAGUUGGGUAUCUAAUAAUCCGGAAUGUAAAAUAAAUCUUGUUAAUGGACUGUUUGCACAUAUGUCUAUGAAGGAUCAAGUCCGAGCCAUUCAAGAUGCUUCAGUUAUUAUCGGUGCUCAUGGUGCUGGUCUCACUCACAUAGUAUCUGCUAUGCCAAAAACAGUGAUUCUAGAGAUUGUUGCAAGCCAAUAUAGACGCCCACAUUUUCAAUUGAUUGCACAGUGGAAGGGUUUGGAGUAUCAUGCCAUUUAUCUUGAUGGAUCAUAUGCCAAACCUGCAGUUGUUACUGACAAGCUUAGCAGCAUAGUGAAAAAUCUUGGAUGCUGAAUCGUUUUUUGAUUUUUCCGGGAAUUGAUACAUUCUGAGAGUGCGGAGUUGGAAGUGAUCUAAUGUCAUUUCUGUUUUCUCUGUUCUACAUUUAGCUCUGCUGCUGAUGCAUUUUAUAAUUUUUUUGAUGAAAGACUGGUGCAGAAAAUCCUUUAACUGGAUUUCAUCAUAUUAAAGAGUUCAACCAUAUCUGUUGUCAAUCCAAGCAGGUGGAUCGGGAAAUGCUACAGGUAGAUAGAAGCCUGGCCCCUUAUCUUGUUUCGCAAAUGUCAUUGGCAUUCUCGGGCAGAUCGGUGAGCAAGAAUUGGAAUGGCUGCAGAUACCUGACAGACACUUACCUCAUCAAUAAAUCCUUGAGGGGGCGGCAAAUUUGAGUAAUUUUUCCAGAUUACUAUUUUUAAAUUUUCUCACACUGAUUACUUCUUGUGAUAUAGAUUACUGUUACACAUUCAAUUUCACAUAUUGAUAUUCGAUGAAGACGAUAGCAAGCAUUUUUCUCAGAACUACAUCAGUUUUGUUGCUGAUAACAGAAUUUUUUUAGCCUUGCAUUUGUGUCUUUGAACUUCAGGAAAUGUGUAUUGUUGUUGAAGGAAAGUUGCUGCACCCAUUUUGGUUUUACUUGUCAAUAUCAAAUUUCCCAGUUGCUGCACCCACCCAUUUGGGUUUACUUGUCAACAUCAAAUUUCCCAGUUGCUGCACCCAUUUGGGUUUACUUGUCACAAUCAAAUUUCCCAGUUGCUUUAUAUUCCGCAGAUUAAUGGCCAACUAGAAUACUUGCAGAAUCAAUAAAAAGAUGCUUGAUCAUCCAAGCUCACUAUCUCAGUCAACUCAUAGUUUUAUA